AUGGCCAACUGGGGCUACCACGCGGUGCGGCUGUUCCUGCGCUUGGUCCUCGCCCUCUUCUUCAGUGAGCACGUGCCCGAAGGUGGGCCGGUCGUCCUCGCCGCUGUCCACACCAACGCCCUGCUCGACCCGUCGCUGCUCAUCGCCACCGCCCCGCGCCCGGCGCGGUUCAUGGCCAAGGACACGCUGUGGAACUCGUGCUUCUUCCGCUUCUUCCUCUGGCUCACCGCCUCGGUCCCGGUCAAGCGCCGCAUGGACCACGGCACCCUCACCGCCGAAGAGCGCGAAGCCGCCACCACCGCCACCUUUGCCGCUCUCUUUGAGACCCUCGGCGCCGGCUCAUGCAUCGGCAUCUUCCCUGAGGGUAUCUCGCACGCUGAGCCGCGCAUGGCGCCGCUCCGCUCAGGCACCGCUCGCAUCGCCCUCGGCUACCUCGCCCAGGCCGCAGGCGCUCCGCUGAUGGACGCCGCGGCAAGCCCGGCAUCGACCGCCUCGGACGCCGACCCGCUCCUCGCGCCGCGGCCCUCCGUCCACGCCAUGCAUCCUCACCAGCACACCAUCACCAUUGUUCCCUGCGGCCUCUCUUACCUCUCGCGCUCGUCGUUCCGGUCUCGUGUCCUCGUUGAGUAUGGCCGCCCGCUCGUCGUUGGCCCACGCCACCUCGCCGCCUACCAGGCGAACCCGGCCGAAGCCGUCCGCGCCCUCACCGCCGAAAUCGCCGACGCGCUCGCCGGCGUCACCAUCAAUGCCGAUGACUGGGACACGCUGCGCCUGGUGCAGAUGGCCAAGAACGCUGUCGCGCCCACCGCCGCGCUCUCCGACCACGUGGCAACUACCAAGGCCUUUCUCGCGACCUACGAGGCCCACCGCGAGGAGGCGUCCAUGCGCGCCCUCCGCGCCGGCGGCAUGGAGUACAUGACCCGCCUCGAGAGCAUAGGCCUCAAGGACCACCACAUUGCCACCAACGUUGGCAUCCCCAUGGGCAUCCUCGGCUUUGUUGCCCGCUUUGUCCUCUUUGUCGUCCUCCUCCCCUUCACCCUUGUCGGCUUCUUUGUCCACUUUCCCAUCUACUUCCUCGCCUGGAUCGUCUCGCGCAAGAUGGCCACCGACUCGCUCGACACCAUUGCCACCGCAAAGGCCAUUCUCAUCGUCGUCUUUGUGCCUGUCAUCUACAUCUCCAUCACCGUUGCUCUCACCCUUGUCCUCAACCCGUGGUACGCCUGGCUCGCCAUCUGCAUCGUCGGCUUGCCGCUCGUCGGCUUUGCCACCACCAACGCCCUCAUCUAUGGCCGCAAGGUCUUCAAGGGCAUGCGUGCCGUUGUCACCAUUAUGCACUGGCGUGCAGAAGUCGCCGAGCUCCGCGCCCUCCGCCACUCGCUCAUCGACCAGCUCCUUGCCGCCUGGAUCGUGUUUGGCUCGGAGACAGAGCCGCCAUCGUCCACCCCGACCUCGUCCGGCGCCGGCACUCCCAUCCCGUCUCCCAUGGUCCCAACUCCAGGCGCUGCGUCCACCCCUGUCCUCCCUGCUGUCUUUGGCUUUGGCUCCAACCUCGUCAUCAACGACCGGUGA